AUCAUUUCUCAUUUUGUUGCUAUAUAUCCUAAUGAUCCAUGCAGGUGGUAGGAUAGGCUAGGCUAGAAUAGGAUAGGUAAGUAUUUAAAAGAUGUUUGGAUUCAGCAUAAGAACCAGACAGAACCAGAAUAAUGCUGCCCCAGCUGCCCCUGCCGUCCCUGCCGCUGCUUCCCCAAGGACAACAAGCUCACCGAGGGUGCCUGGUUCUCCGGCGGCCACCAACUCGCCGAGACAUGUUGGCACUCCGGGGGCCAAAAACUCCCCGAAACAAGUUGAGGUUGGGGAGAUUGACACCCGGGCACCUUUUCGAUCUGUCAAAGCUGCUGUUAAUUUAUUUCGUGAAGCCAGUAACUCCUCCCCCAAAGCUGCGCCCACCGUCGUCAAGAAAACCACCAAAGCCCCCGAUGAGAGAGUUUUGGUGAAGGAAACACAGCUGCACUUGAUAAUGAAAGAGCUUGAUAGCUUGAAAGAGCAGCUAAGAAACACAGAAGCCACAAAAACCCAGGCACAUAAGGACCUAGAAAGGGCGAAGAGGACGCUGAACGAGCUAACCGGGAAGCUGGAAACCAUCUGCGAGGCGAAGCAGGCGGCCAUUGAGGCCACAGAGCUCGCCAAAGUUCGGGCUGAAGAGCUGGAGAUGGUGCAGAAAUCCGGCGGCGACGAUGCAUGGAAAGAGCUAGUCGACAACGAGAGAGAGCAGUACAAGUUCUCGGCAGGGGCACUCAACUUCGCAAAGCAAGAGCUAGCCAACCUGCGGCAAGAUUUCGACGCGGUUUUGGAAGCCAAACUCGCCGCAUUCCAGCAGGUGGGCGAUUCCCAGCACGCCACCUCCGUUAACCGGGAGAGGGAAAGCGAGUUCUCAAAGGAGGUGGCCGCCCUGCGCCAAACCUUAGCUCAAGUCAAGCUCGCACCCCUCCAGGCUCAACAAGAAAACGCCAAGCUCAACUCCGAGCGAGAAGCCCACCUCGAGUCUCUCAAAGCAGCAAAGCAAGAGGCCGACCAGAAACUCAAAGCUCUCAGGGAAUUGGAAGAAUCCCACCCGGCAUUCAGCAAAACCCUCGCAGCUAAGCUCGAGGAAACCAACGCCACCAUGGACGUCCUGCGCGAGCAGCUAAACAACGUCAAAAUCUCCGACAUUGCCGACUGGCGAGACGCAUCUUCCGAGCUGGAGAAUUCCAAGAAAGGGCUGGAACAACUCCAUGCCGAGCAAGUUUCCCUCAAGAUCCUAGUAGAUUCCCUCAAGGUAGAACUCGAAAACGUGAAUGCCCUUCGUUGCGAACUGAGAAGCAAGGCGGCCGAGACAGAUUCAAUGGCCGAACGAUUGGAGUUCGAGUUAGACAGAAGCAAGAAGGAGCUGGAGGCAACUCUGGCAAGAGCCAUAAAGCCAGAAGCCGACGACAUAACCCCGAAAAUCCUCGAGCUAUCCUCCGAGGCCGAGAGAGCGCUACUAGGAGCCGAGGAAAUGAAGAAGAGCGCCGAAACGUACAGACAAGACGCCGAGAAGGCUCGGGCUGUAGCUCAGGAAGCAGAAACCAAUCUGGAAAUCGCACUGAAAGAGCUCGAAGAGGCGAAAGCAGCACAAAAAGUAGCAGACUAUAGAAUCCACAGCGCAUCAAAAAAGUUCGCCGCCGAGGCGGCUACAAGCUCAGACUCCUCAUCUGGGAACGGGAGAAUCAAGUUAUCAGCUGAAGAAUACGAAUCUUUGAGCAACAAAGUCGAAGAGCUAAAAUCCGAGGCGGAUAUAAAAGUGGCAACCGCCAUGGCCCAAGUGCAAACUCUCAACGCCAGCGAAAAGGAAUUGGACGAGAAACUGGAAGAGUGUAUGAAACAGAAAGAAGAAGUACAAGCUGCAAUCCAGGAAACUCUGAAGAGAGCAGAAAUGGAUGAAGCAGCAAAGCUGGUGUUGGAGUGCGAGCUCCUCAAGUGGCGCCAAAAAGGACACAAUGAGAAUGAAGUUGGAGAAUCCUCUUCUGUUGGCCGAUCCGAGAAGAAGAUUAUUCAAAUGAAUUAAACAACAGUCCGGCCAGGGAAUUAAUUAAAGGGAAUCAUAUCCCCAGGAUAGGAAAUCUAAUCCAGUAUAUAUAUACAUGCAUUUUGCACAAAUUAUUAGUAGAAUUACUUGUAUGAAUGAACAUCUAUCUGCAUUUUUCUGCUGCAGAACCUGUAAACUAACACAGACAUUGCAUCUUCUUCCAAAAUUUCAAUAGAGAAGAAAUUUUUAGCAAAAUAACAAAGUAUUAAUGUUUCCUUUUUCCCAUUUGAGUA